AUGCCCGACAUUAAGAUAAUAUCAAACCAGCCAUCUCUUGCUCUUGAAGAAGCAGGUCCAACAGCUCUAGCUACAAGCGACCUUUUGGCACCAGAAGAGGUUUGUCCUCCCCGAGGAGAACUCCUCAAAGGAAACAGUGAGGUUACAAAAACAGAUAAAAGAAGACAUCGAAAAAAACUCAUGCGACAACGUGCAGGACGCCGGACAAGCAAGAAGCCUCAAACCGAAGAUUUGCUAAGAAGAGACAAAGCUUCCGCAAUGAACCGUAUUAUACGUCUGGCCCAUAAACCCGGUUCAAAAAUCAGGAUUGUUAAAUAG